CAAAAUGGGGUCUCCAUUAAGUCCCCAUGAUGCUGCAGCACAGCUGACAACAUUCAAAUCAUAUGUCUCUCUAAUAGCUGAUGAUUCCACCCCAGGAAUUGUGGAGAAAAAAUUGAAAGCAGCCCAGGAAUUGAGUGAAAACUUUGAGACUGUGGUUUCAUCACCACAAUAUCCCCAAUUCCUAGCAGAGGCUAUGCAAGUUUUCCUGAAAAUUCUGAAAGAUGGAGAACCUUUGUUUAUAGCAGAGCAACCAAUGCAGCAACUGAGAAAACUAUUACUAGAAAUAAUCCACAGAAUACCAUGUAAUGAUCAUCUCAAGAAAUUUGUUCAACCCAUUCUAUCUCUGAUGUUCAGACUAUUAAAGGUAGAGAAUGAAGAUAAUGUAUUAGUAUGUAUCAGAAUUAUACUAGAGUUACAUAAACAAUACAGACCACAUAUUAAUGAUGAGAUUCAAGAUUUUAUGCAGUUUGUGAAAGGUAUUUACAAUAGUUUACCAGCUCAUCUGCCAAAAAUAUUUGAACCCAGGUCAUCUAAGAAAGUAAAAGAUGUGUCUGAGAUAAAUGUUGAUAUUUGGUUACAAGAGAUUUACACGACAACCACAAUACAGACAGACAAGAAGAAUGCUGAUAAUGCUGCCAUCUCAUAUAAUAUUAUACCUAAAGGAAUGCAGUCAUUAAAAGUUUUAGCUGAACUACCAGUAAUUGUUGUAUUAAUGUAUCAACUAUAUAAAACUAACGUACAUCCUGAUAUGGCUGAAUUUAUUCCACUAGUCAUGAACACCAUAACAUUACAACCAUCACCUACUCACAGAGCCAAUCCAGCAUUUAAUAAAGAAGUAUUUGUUGAUUUUAUUGCUGCUCAGAUUAAAACCUUAUCUUUCCUGGCCUACAUCAUCAAAUUCUUUCAGAGUCAAGUGAAUAAUCAUUCUCAACAAAUGGUACAGGGUCUUCUAGGAUUGUUGUCAUUAUGUCCACAAGAAGUAGCACAGUAUAGAAAAGAACUGUUGAUAGCAGCUAAACAUAUUCUCUCUACAGAUCUCAGAAAUAAAUUUGUACCAUGUAUAGAUAAAUUAUUUGAUGAGACAAUAUUGAUAGGUACAGGAUGGACUACAUAUGAUUCACUCAGACCUUUAGCAUACAGUACAUUAGCUGAUUUAGUUCAUCAUGUGAGAACAGCUCUACCAUUAAAUGAUCUGUCACUGGCUGUUAAUCUCUUCUCUAAAAACGUCCAUGAUGAAUCACUACCCAGUAGUAUACAGACUAUGUCAUGUAAAUUAUUAUUAAAUCUGGUAGAAUGUAUUAGACAGAAGAGUGAACAAGAAAAGGGAAAUGGACGUCAACUGCUGAUGAGAAUGUUAGAAGUUUUUGUUCUCAAGUUUAAAACAAUUGCUAAAACACAACUUCCAUUGAUACUACAGAAGUGUAAACCUCAACAGCCUACACCACCAGAUAAUAAAAGUUUAGACAUUAAGACUGUAAUAGAUGUUAAACCACUUGUGGCACCUGAAACACCUAAAGAUGAAACACCACGUCUAUUAUCACCUACAACACCAUUACCUGUUAUACCUCCUACAGAUACUAAAGAUGAAAAGACCACUGGAAAGUUAGGAGCUUCACCAGCCCAGUAUAAUGUAUAUACCGUAGCUGAUUGUAGAAGUUUAGUUAAAACUUUAGUCUGUGGUGUUAAGACUAUCACAUGGGGUGUCUUAUCUUGUAAAGCUAUAGGAACAGCCGAUGUGAGUUUGGUUCAGAAUAAGAUGUUUCAAGCUAAAGAAACAUUAGUGUAUGUCCGUCUGGUGAAAUAUGCGCUGAAGGCCCUAGAUAUAUAUACUAUAAAUGUCACGUCUGCUGGACAAGCUUACAUCAGGCCAGCAUUAGUACAAACAGUUCGAACGAAGGAAGAAAAAGAAGUCUUAGAACAUUUUGCUGGAGUGUUUAAUAUGAUGAGUUCUAUUACAUUUAAAGAAAUAUUCGCUUCAACUAUAGAGUAUAUGGUGGAGAGAAUACACAAUAAUUACGCUCUACAGAUAGUAGCUAAUUCAUUUCUAGCUAAUAAUACAACAUCUGCUACAUUUGCCACCAUAUUGGUUGAAUAUCUGUUAGCUAGACUGGAAGAAAUGGGAUCUAAUAUAGACAGAUCAAACUUGUAUUUAAAGUUAUUUAAACUGGUUUUUGGUUCGGUUCAAUUAUUUGCUGCUGAAAAUGAACAGAUGCUGAAGCCUCAUCUGCAUACUAUAGUCAACAGAUCAAUGGAGUUAGCUAUGAGUGCUAAAGAACCUUAUAACUAUUUCCUUUUAUUGAGAGCUUUAUUCCGUUCUAUUGGAGGUGGUAGUCAUGAUUUGUUGUACCAGGAGUUCCUUCCCUUGCUACCUAAUUUAUUACAAGGAUUAAACAGUCUACAGAGUGGUUUACAUCGUCAACAUAUGAAAGAUUUAUUUGUUGAGUUAUGUUUAACUGUACCUGUUAGAUUGAGUUCUUUAUUACCGUAUUUACCUAUGUUAAUGGAUCCACUAGUAUCAGCUUUAAAUGGUUCACAGACACUAGUUAGUCAGGGAUUAAGAACAUUAGAAUUAUGUGUAGAUAAUUUACAGCCAGACUUUCUCUAUGAUCAUAUACAACCAGUUAGAGCUGAACUCAUGCAGGCUCUGUGGAGAACAUUACGAAAUCCUACAGAUAGUAUAGCACAUGUAGCGUUUAGAGUUCUGGGUAAAUUUGGUGGUGGAAAUCGAAAAAUGUUACGAGAACCACAAAAGUUAAUAUUUAAUGAUAAAGAAACAGUUGGACCAUGUAUUACAAUUCACUUUCAAGAUUCUAAAACAGCUCUGUCGUUACCAGUAGAAAAGGCUAUAGAUGCAGCAUUGACAUCUCUGAAGAGUAGUUCAACUGAUACAUUUAGUAGACGUCAAGCAUGGGAAUUAAUACGAUGUUUUCUAGUAUCAGUGAUGAAUCUAGAAGAUGAUAAACAACUAAUGACUCAUCUCUUUACACAUCCUAGUUUUGUUGAGAAAGAUAUACCAUUCCAAUCAGCUCCGCUGUAUAAAAAUCCUGAUCAUUAUUCACGGAAAAUACAUGAACAAGCUCUGACUGGCAUGUUUGUGGCAGCAGCUAUAAAAGAAAUCCGACAAACAGCCUUGACAUUUAUGGCAUGUAUGGUACGACAUUAUACCAUGAUAGCCAUAUCACAACAAUGUGGUCCUUUCCCUGUUAGUGAUAAACAAGACAAGUUACAAGGAAUGGAUACCCAAAUACUCAUAGAUGCUCUAGCUGUUAUAAUGGGACAUGAAGAGAAAGAAUUGUGUAAACCAGGAAAUCUGGCCUUGGCUCUCAUAUUAGACACAGCUACCACUAUACUUGGUUCUAAAGAAAGAGCGUGUCAGUUACCAUUGUUUGAAUAUCUAGUAGAUAGAAUGUGUUCACUAUGUUAUGAUAGAGCAUGGUAUGCUAAAUACGGUGGAUGUCUAGCCAUUAAGUUUCUAUAUGAAAGAAUGGCGUUAAAAUGGGUUUUAGAGAAACAGUUUUUGUUUUUAAAAGCUUUACUCUUUGUGAUGAUGGAUCUAACUGGAGAGGUAUCAAGUGGAGCUGUGGAUCUAGCUAAAUCUAACCUAGAGAAUAUGUUAAAACUCUGUUGUAAAGAAAUAGAACCUGAAAAUGCUACAGAAGAUUUACUUGCUGUAAAGAAGAAGUCAUUCCAUGAUGUGACAUUUGAAUUAGUAUAUCAAGUUUCAUCACCUAAUACAUUAGUUCGAGAACAGGCAAUGAAUUCCUUACGACUGCUGGCUGAAACAACCGGUAAAACUAUCACUGAAAUAAUGGAACCACAUAAAGAUGUUUUACAAGAUAUGAUACCACCUAAAAAACAUUUACUACGUCAUCAACCUCUUAAUGCUCAAAUAGGUUUAAUGGAAGGGAAUACAUUCUGUACAACAUUAGAACCUAGAUUAUUUACUAUAGAUGUUAAUAUUGUAGAACAUAAUGUCUUCUUUACCGAGCUGCAGAACCUGUGUGAAGCGGAAGAUACAAGUCUGUUAAAACUGCCAUGUUAUAAAAAUGUUACCAAUCUAGUUCCACUUAGAAAAAGUGCCAUAAGAGCGUUAGCAGCUUGUCAUUAUAUACCGAAUAGACGAGAGAAGAUAUUUAAUAUAUUAUAUAAAGCUUUAAAUAGUACUAACAGUGAUUUACAGGAAGCUGCUCACGAAUGUAUGAAAAAGUUUAUACUGGGUGCGUCUAUAGAAUCAGAUGUUCUACAUGUAGCUAUACGACCUCUCUUGAUGAAACUAGGAGAUUUCCGUAAUGUUAAUCUCAACGUAAUACAGAGAUUAUCCAGUCUUGUUCAACUAUUUCCCAAUGUUUUUACUGAAAAACUUUGUGAACAGUUAUUGAGCCAUUUGAAAAAAUGGCUAGAAGUUGCUGCUCAAAAUCAAAAGAAUGGAACAUCAAAUACAAAUGGACAAGUUAUUUCACAGGAACUAAAGACAUGUGCUGGUAUGAUUAAUAUAUUUCAUCUAAUACCAGCAGCACGAUUAACUAUCAUGGAACCUUUAACAACACUUGUAUUACGAGGAGAAAAAGCUUUACUCAUGGAGGCUGGCAGUCCAUUCCGUGAACCAUUGAUGAAAUUUUUGUUACGAUAUCCAACUCAAGCUGUUGAUCUGUUCCUGACAGAAACAGCGCUAAAAGAUCAACAAUAUACUAGAUGUCUAGAGUAUAUAAUAAAACAUGAACAAGGUAAACCAAUCCGUGAAGUUUUAAAAUCAAACCCUACCCGUCUCAUCUCUAUUACUAGUGGACAAGUACCGGGUGUACCAGUAAGACCUGUUAGUCCUACAGAUAUGACAAAGUUUGAUUUAGAGUAUCAAGGUAUUAGACUCAUCAGUUUAUUAGCUAAAUCUGAUGGGGAUGAUGGAGAAUGGCUGUCUCAAAAUUCACAAAUUGUCUCCCAUCUGCUGACCAUCUGGAUAUCAGAUUCCUUUCAAGAAAGACAUAAGAAAGUGGAUAGUAUGGAUUAUAAACACUGGAAGGAACCAGCUUUACUUGUUAAAUCUUUACUUAGUUAUUUCAAACAUCAUCCCACUGAGAUAGAAUUAUUAUUUAAUAUUUUACGAUGUUUUACUAAUCGCUAUAUACCACAGUUUCAGUUUGUUAAAGAUUUCCUAGAUCAAACUGUUGCUAAUAAAUAUACAGUAGACUGGAAGAGAAGUGCUUUCUUUAAAUUUGUUCAAAUAUUUCACCUUCAAACAUGGCCUCAAGAUCUCAAAGCCAAGAUUCUUCAACUGAUCCUCAUUCCUUCGUUCCAAGCUUCGUUUGAUAAAGGUAACGGUGAUAGAUUAAUAGGAGGUCCACCAUCACCAGAACAAGACAGUGAAGAUAAUGUUAUUAGUGUAUUUAUAAAUCGUAUUAUUGAUCCUGAAAAUCCCUUCGCUACAUCAGAUGCUGUUAGGAUAUUAUUACUCCAGUUCUCAUCUUUAUUAGUAGAACAAGCAUCACCUCAUAUACAUGAUGCUGCUAACAAAAAACAAGGAAAUAAGUUAAGAAGACUGAUGACAUUUGCCUGGCCAUGUCUUCUACCUAAAAAUUGUGUUGAUCCAGCCACUAAAUAUCAUGGCCAUCUUCUAUUAGCUCAUAUUAUAGCUAAAUUUGCUAUACAUAAACGUAUUGUAUUACAAGUAUUCCAUAGUUUAUUAAAAGCCCAUGCUUUAGAAGCUAGAACUGUUGUUAGACAAGCUUUAGAGAUCAUAACACCUGCCAUGCCCGGUAGAAUGGAAGAUGGAAAUGGAAAGCUUACACACUGGACAAAAAAGAUUAUAGUAGAAGAGGGUCAUAGUCUUGGUCAACUAGUACACAUUCUCCAUCUGGUAGUUCGUCAUUAUAAAGUAUAUUUCCCUGUACGACAUCAUCUGAUACAACAUAUGGUCAAUUCUUUACAAAGACUUGGUUUCUCUGCUAGUUCUAUAGAAUAUCGUAAAUUAGCCGUUGAUCUAGCAGAUGUGAUAAUUAAGUGGGAAUUACAGAGAAUUAAAGAAGAACAGGAUGCAGAGUCUGGUGAUAUAGAUGUAACACAGACAGUAGUCGUGGCCAAUCAACCAACAAAACGAUCAGGUUCUAUUGAUUCUCCUCAAGAUCCUAAACGAGUUCGUAAUGCUUCUGGUAUUCCUGAUAGUCCACAUAGUCAAAGAUCAACAUCGGAUUUGAAUAAACCAAUAGAUAAGGCAUAUUGUGAUGCUGUAGUCAACUUUUUAUUACGUAUUGCUUGUCAAGUGAACGAAGCAUCAGUUACGAUUGGUUCAGCUGGUGAACUGUUAUCAAGACGAUGUGUGGGUUAUCUUAAAGUGGUGUUACGCAGUGACGUAUGGCCGAAUGUAGAUCUAAAAUUAGGCUGGUUUGAUAAAUUAUUAACAACUGUGGAGAAUCAUCAACCUAAUUUUGCUAAUAUUUGUACAGCUCUUGAACUUCUCACAUUUUUACUCUCCAUACUGAAAAAGGAGACAAUACUGUCAAGUUUUAAACCCUUACAGCGAGGGAUAGCAGCAUGUAUGACUUGUCCGAAUUCAAAGGUUAUUCGAUCUGUGCAUAGUUUAUUGUCUCGGUUAAUGAGUCACUUUCCUACAGAGCCUGUUACGUCCAAUGUAGCGUCAAAGUAUGAGGAGUUAGAGUGUCUGUAUGGUUGUGUUUGUAAGGUUGUCUAUGAAGGACUCACAAAUUAUGAGAAAGCUACCAAUGGGUUACCAUCACAGCUGUUUAGUACACUGAUGAUAUUAAAAGCAGCUUGUUUACAUAAUCAGUGUUAUAUUGAUCGACUUAUUACAACUUUUAUGAAGGUUUUACACAAGAUGGCAAGGGAACAUUUAACACCUUCUACACCAGAAACUAGUCCAGCUGUAGCAAGCGAGCUGUUAAUAUUAAGUUUAGAUCUAGUAAAGAAUCGUGUUGGUGUCAUGAGUAUAGAGAUGAGGAAGAGUUUUAUUGGUCAGAUUCUAGUUGGUCUGAUAGAAAAAACACCAGACGCUAAGGUCAUGAAAGCUAUAACCAAAAUGGUGGAAGAUUGGGUUAAAAUAAAGACACAAAUUCAAAUCAAUCAAUCGCCAUCGAUUAGAGAAAAAGCAAUUCUCUUGAUGAAACUGAUGCAGAAUGUGGAGAAACGAUUCCCAGAUGAUCAAGACUUGAAUGCUCAAUUUUUAGACUUGGUCAACUAUAUUUACAGAGAUGAAAGUUUGAGUGGUAGUGAACUGACAUCAAAACUAGAAUCAGCAUUUUUAGCUGGAUUAAAAUGUAAUCAACCACUUAUUAGACAAAAGUUUGUUGAGGUAUUUGAGAAUAGUAUGCCAAGAAAAGUAUUUGAUCGUCUGUUGUACAUCACCUGUUCUCAAAAUUGGGAAACAAUGGGAUCUCAUUUCUGGAUCAAGCAAUGCAUUGAGUUGUUGAUAUCGGUAGCUGUGAAUGGUUUAUCUAUCCAAUCAUCAUCAGCCAUGAAUCUCCUACCUUCUGCUAGUUCCGUUGUUAAUAUGGCUGAUAUUCAAGAUAGAGCAUUAUUUGCUACUAUUACUACAAUGAAAGAAGAGCCAAUGGAUGUAGAAUCAGUGGAUUCAAACAGAGAAGAGGAAGAGAUUGAUAUGGAAUUAACUGGUGUAUCAUCAGAUGAAGGUUUAAGUAAAGAUAUUGGUAAAAAAGAACCUGGUGAUGCUAAACAGUCUUUACAGACACAGCUACAGAGACAAGCUAAAUUCCUUGAAAGCUGUCGAGAGGUCAAGACUCUACAGUAUUUAAAUGCUCUAGCUCAACUAUGUCAUAAUAAUACUGAUUUAUCUCAUACAACAUGGUUAGAACUAUUUCCUAGAAUCUGGAAAAUACUCAAUGAAAAACAACAACAGAUGUUAAGUAGUGAACUGGUGGCAUUUUUAUGUAGUGGUAGUCACGGAAACCAAAAAGAAUGUCAGCCAAGUGCUAUACAUUCGUUUGUAGAAGGUCUAGCCUUGUGUGUUCCACCUAUACCAAUACGACCCUGUGUUCUUAAGUACUUGGGUAAAACACAUAAUCUAUGGCAUCGAGCCUGCCUUCAGUUGGAACAAAUGACUAUAGAUAAUGGACCAUUAGCACAGAUAAAGAAUCGUCCUGUCAGUGAAUAUGAAUUUGAACCAGCCAGCAACCAGCAUCAGGAGACAUUAGAUGCUCUAUGUGAUCUGUACUCGCUACUGAAGGAGGACGAUAUGUGGACAGGGUUAUGGCAGAAGCGAGCUAAAUACCCAGACACAACAACGGCUCUGGCUUAUAAACAACAUGGCUUCUUUGAACAAGCUCAAACCUCCUUUGAAACUGCCAUGGCUAAAGCACGCCAAGAUUUGAACUCUAACCCAAUGGCACCUGGUUUAGUUCCAGAAUUCAGACUGUGGGAGGAACACUGGAUCAAAUGUUCUAAAGAGUUAAAUCAAUGGAACCAUUUAUUAGAAUAUUCUAAAUCUAAAGAAAACAAUAAUCCUCAUCUAGUAUUAGAAUGUGCUUGGAGAGUUCCUGACUGGAGUUUAAUGAAGACAGCUCAUGCUAAGGUUGAAUUGACAUGUCCUAAAGAGUUAAUAUGGAAAGUAAAUCUAUAUAGGGGUUAUAUAGCUAUAUGUCAUCCUGAUGAUAAUCAUAUUAAUAUGGUCAUGAUUGAACGUUUAGUAGAGUUUGCUAGUAAUUAUGCUAUAAAAGAAUGGAGACGUUUACCUAGUGUUGUAUCAAAUAUACAUAUACCAUUACUACAGGCUGCUCAACAGAUAAUGGAAUUACAAGAAGCUGCUCAGAUAAAUCAAGGCCUACAACCCAGUAAUAUUAGUCGUAGUUCUAGUGUUCAUGAUAUGAAAGCUAUAGUUAAAACUUGGAAGAAUCGGUUACCAAUGAUAUCAGAUGAUAUAUCACAUUGGAGUGAUAUCUUCACCUGGCGCCAGCAUCACUUUCAAUUUAUUAAAAAUCAUUAUGAUAAUCAUCCACAAACAGAUGCAGCCAACAACAGUACUAAUUCUAUGUUAGGGAUACAUGCGUCUGCUCAAGCUAUCAUCCAUUUUGGUAAAAUAGCUCGUAAAAAUAACCUAACAGGUGUCUGUUUAGAUACACUGAGCAGAAUUCAUACCAUACCCAGUGUGCCAAUUGUAGACUGUUUUCAGAAGAUCAGACAGCAAGUAAAAUGUUAUUUACAAAUGGCUGGUGUUAUGGGUAAAAGUGAAUUACAAGAGGGACUAGAAGUAAUAGAAUCAACCAAUCUACGUUAUUUUACUAAAGAAAUGCAAGCUGAGUUUUAUGCUUUAAAAGGAAUGUUUUUAGCUCAGAUAAACAGAUCAGAAGAUGCUAAUAAAGCUUUCUCUGCUGCUGUUCAGAUGCACGACACUCUAGUUCGAGCUUGGGCGUUGUGGGGUGAUUAUCUUGAAACAAUCUUCACACGAGAAAAGAAUAUCCAGCAAGGUGAAUUUGCCAUAACAUGUUAUUUACAUGCCUGUCGUCAUCAGAAUGAAGGAAAAUCACGGAAAUAUUUAGCUAAAGUUUUAUGGUUAUUAACAUAUGAUGAUGAUAAAUUAACGUUAGCUAAUGCUGUAGAUAAACAUUGUGUUGGAGUACCACCUAUUCAGUGGUUGCCAUGGAUACCCCAGUUAUUGACAUGUUUGGUGCGGAAUGAAGGACGUUUAAUAAUGAAUUUAUUAAGUCAAGUUGGUAGAAUGUAUCCACAAGCAGUUUAUUUUCCUAUACGUACCCUGUAUCUUACACUGAAAAUAGAACAGAGAGAAAGAUAUAAGAGUGGAGGAAGUGAUUUAAGUGUUAGUUUAAAUAGAUCUCAGUCUAUUACUUCUACUACUGUACCAUCUACUACUACAUCUAUAACUACUGGUACUAUUAGUGCUCCUACAACACCUGAACCUGCCACACCCACAGAAAGCACACCAUCAUCAAAGACGACGGCAGCUAGUUCAACAACAGCUACUGGUAGUAGAACUUCAACUGGUGCAUCUGAUUCUAAUCCUAUUAAAGCACCAGCUCCUAUGUGGAGAUGUAGUAGAAUAAUGCACAUGCAGAGAGACAUGCAUCCAACAAUAUUAUCAUCAUUAGAAGGAAUAGUUGAUCAGAUGGUUUGGUUCCGUGAGAAUUGGUAUGAAGAAGUAUUAAGACAGUUAAGACAGGGAUUAGCUAAAUGUCAUGCUGUAGCUUUUGAAAAUAGAGCCGCAGUAACUGAUGCUACCAUUACACCUCAUACAUUAAACUUUGUAAAGAAAUUAGUCAGUACAUUUGGUGUUGGUAUAGAAAAUGUCUCUAGUGUAUCUACAACUUUCUCUAGUGCUGCGUCUGAGUCACUGGCUCGUCGAGCACAAGCUACUGCUCAAGAUCCCGUCUUCCAGAAGAUGAAAAGCCAAUUUACCACAGAUUUUGAUUUCAACGUACCUGGUUCGAAGAAGCUUCACAAUUUGAUCAAUAAGCUGAAGAAAUGGAUCAAAAUCCUUGAAGCUAAAACUAAACUUUUGCCCAAAUCAUUCCUAAUAGAAGAGAAAUGUCGUUUUUUGAGUAACUUUUCCCUGAGUUUAGUUGAAGUUGAAUUGCCUGGGGAAUUUUUAUUGCCAAAGCAUAGUCACUAUUAUGUACGCAUAGCAAGAUUUAUGCCCAGAGUGGAGAUUGUGCAAAAACAUAACACAGCUGCUAGAAGACUUUAUAUUAGAGGUCAUAAUGGAAAGAUAUAUCCAUAUUUAGUAGUAAAUGAUGCAUGUUUAACUGAAUCAAGAAGAGAAGAACGAGUUUUACAGUUGUUACGAAUGUUAAAUCAUUUCCUAACUAAACAAAAGGAGACAUGCAGGAGACUACUAUAUUUUACUGUACCAAGAGUUGUGGCUGUUUCACCACAAAUGAGAUUAGUCGAAGAUAAUCCAGCAUCUAUAUCUUUGUUAGAUAUCUAUAAAAGUAGAUGUAGUAAAAGAGCAACAGAACAUGAUGCUCCAAUAGCUAGAUAUUAUGAACGUUUAGCUACAGUUCAAGCACGAGGUUCACAAGCUAGUCAUCAAGUAUUAAGAGAUGUAUUAAAAGAUGUACAGAAUAAUAUGGUACCAAGAGGUUUAUUAAAGGAAUGGGCUUUACAUACCUUCCUUAAUGCUACAGAUUACUGGACAUUCAGAAAAACAUUAACCAUACAGUUAGCUUUAAUGGGAUUUGCUGAGUUUAUAUUAUAUUUAUCUCGUAUGAAUCCUGAUAUGAUGUAUCUACAUCAAGAUUGUGGUUUUCUCAAUAUCUCCUAUUUUAAAUUUGAUAUUGACGAUCAAACAGGUGAACUAGAUGCUAAUAGACCUGUACCAUUCCGUUUAACACCAAAUAUAACUGAGUUUUUAACAACUAUGGGUGUAACAGGACCUUUAACAGCCUCAAUGGUAGCUACAGCUAGAUGUUUUGUACAACCACAAUAUAAACUACCCAGUUUCUUACGAGCUAUUCUUAGAGAUGAAUAUAUAACAUGGCAUAAAAAGAAACAAGAAGAAACUAACCCAGGUGCGGAACCAGUAGAUAUGGAAGGUGCUCAACUUAUAACUAUGGUUAAUAAAGCUGUACAAGCUAUAACUACUAGAUUACAGAAUUUAGCAACGUUUGAAGGAGCUGAAAGUCGAGUUAGUACGUUAGUAGCAGCAGCAACAAGUCAUGAUAAUCUAUGCCGUAUGGAUCCAGCCUGGCAUCCAUGGUUGUAAAAUAUCAAUUAAUAAUAUCCUAGAUACAAUUGUAGUUUAGUGUUUAGUAUAUCUGAAAUUCAUUAGUGAAAUAACUGGAUGGGUAAACUGAACUAAACACCACAACUAUUUUUGUUAUAGAUGAAGAUACAAUAUUUAUUUUCUACUGCAGCUUGUCAGAUUUCCAUAAUGAUGAUGAAUAAUUUAUUUUUGUAUUAAAAUUGGUAGUCAUGUAUUGAUCAGUUAUAGACAGAUGUAGGACAGCUUAUAGCUUGGAAAAAAAAUUAUUAAAGAUAUUUUCCCCACAAGGUUAAUUUAAGAGGUCACUUUUUCAAAUCUAAAAAAAAUAACGAAACAAUAGUGUUGUUUCUGUCAACCAGAGGCAGCAUAAGAUUGUAUAUUGAUAUAGUGUAGUGUACAUCGAAGAAACAAUUUUACAAGUUUACUGGAAAUUACUCUUAUUUAAAAGCAUUUAAAGUAGUGGAAAUAAAAAUUGGUUUUUAUUAUGUAGAUUUAUCACUCAAUAAUACAUUCUACAGUAGAUAUCGCUUGUGUGAUAUAUUUCAUAAUCUACAGCGAUGUCAUGAAUUUGAUUGGUCAGUUGAAAAGGAACUGUGCUUUACACGAAUUUGAUUGGUCAGUUGAAAAGGAACUACUUUUUUUAUUUUCAAAGAACAGUUCAUUUCUUAUUAAAAGUAACUUUUUUUUUAUUAAAAAUGAACUAUUGUUAUUCAACUGACCUUGAUGGAAACACUGGGUCAAUAUAAAGGACUUUGCAAUGGUUGCAUUGCUGUCAAAAAAUGAUGUAUCACUACGCCGUAAUGUUCAGUAAAAGUGAAAUCUACAGCAAAGAAUUAUAUUUAUCUAUUUGUGCAUGUAAGAAGGGAUUGGGUGAUAAAUAAAAUCUCCUACUUGUCUUUUUUGAUAUCAAAAAAUAUCAACACUCGUUGAUAAAGUAAAAAAAAAAACUCGGGAGAGCCUCGUUUUUGUUACUUUAUUUUUGAUAUCAAAAAAGACUGGUAGAAGAUUCUCUAUAUAUUAUACAACAAAUAGUAAUAUAAAAUUUUGAUAGUCAAAUAUUUUGAAAUGCCCACUUUAACAUGCAAGUACGGCAUUAUGCAAUACCACCAAUUUCUUUUGCUUGGCGAUUGCAUCUGUUACUAAAGUGAAGAACUUUCUUAUUAAUAACAAUACACAGUAUAUUUUCAAGGAAUAAAAGAUGAAAACGAUACGUCAAAUAGACUUAAUGCCCAAGUUUGAUUUUUUAGUGAAUUGAUGACAAUCACACAUGAUUAUUGGACCAUUCAAAUUCAAGAUUUAUUGGGACACCUGCGUCAUUACCAUCCUGAUUCCCAUAUCUCACAUUAAACGAAACAUAUUUGUUAUAAGUCGUAUGUUUACUGUUAAGUUAUUCUUAACUCGCAAAAUGAAAUUAAUACAUACACCUGUAAAUUUCACAGUACUUCUUAAAUGUAGAUAAACUUUAUAUGUUUGUUUGGGGAAUAUCCCCUGUAAUAUCUCCAUUAUUUGUACUAAUUUAAAGAAUAUUGAAAUCUAAAGUUUUAUUGUAUGAUAAAAUUUCAGAAAGAGAAUUAAAAAGAGUGUAUAUAUGCCUAUUGUCUUACAUUAAAUGGCUUUUUCUAUUUCUGUAGAUUGUUUUGUUUGUAGUGCUUGUAAAGUCCAUAUAUAAGUUUGUACUUUACUUCAUUGUAAAUAUGUACAUUGUAGAAUCAUAUUAUAAAUAUAUCCAUCAUUGAAUCAUUGUAAAAUUCAUUUUUUAUACGGUAUUGAUGCAUUUGUUUUUUUUACAAUGUAAGAUACUGAGAAAAUCAAAUAAUGCUUUAUGUUAUUGUGUUUUGUACAUUCAGCCAAACGAAAACCAAAUGACCAUAGGUGACUUUAAAGAAGAUGUUUUGUAUCAUAUUUUCAUACAUUGUGUCUAGAUUUCUUAGAAAAAUAUAUACAACAUGUCGUUAGUCAUAAAGAAUAAAAUAUCAUAAAC